GCCCCCAGUGUGUCGCGUCAGUGUGUUCCCGAGGAGCAACGGUCGUGCGCCGCUGCUGUUGUCGCCGCAGUUGCAGCCGCCGGAUCGGAUGCCAAAAUGGCUCUGGCGAGGUUGCCGGUUGUGAGUGACUGCGCGCCGCAGACGCCCCGCGUGAGUUCAAACCACAAUAGCGGCGCCAUGGCGGUGUCGCGUGUGCCUAGCCCACCGCCACCGGAGGUGAACACACCUGUCGCCGAGAACUGGUGCUACACACAGGUGAAAGUUGUAAAAUUUAGUUAUAUGUGGACAAUUAACAACUUCAGCUUUUGUCGAGAAGAAAUGGGUGAGGUGUUAAAGUCCUCCACAUUUUCUGCUGGUGCUAAUGACAAGCUAAAAUGGUGCCUACGGGUAAAUCCAAAGGGAUUAGAUGAAGAAAGUAAAGACUACCUCUCAUUAUAUCUUUUACUAGUCUCGUGCAAUAAAUCAGAAGUACGAGCAAAAUUUAAAUUUUCCAUUCUUAAUGCCAAACGAGAAGAAACCAAAGCAAUGGAGAGCCAGAGGGCUUACCGGUUUGUGCAAGGCAAAGACUGGGGGUUCAAGAAAUUUAUACGCAGAGAUUUCCUUCUAGAUGAGGCUAAUGGAUUGUUGCCUGAUGACAAGUUGACAAUAUUUUGUGAAGUGAGUGUCGUUGCAGACAGUGUUAAUAUUUCGGGACAGUCAAAUGCUGUGCAGUUUAAAGUACCGGAAUGUAGAUUAUCUGAUGAUCUAGGAAUGCUGUUUGAAAACCAAAAAUUCAGUGAUGUUACACUUUCUGUUAGUGGUAGAGAAUUCCAAGCUCAUAAAGCAAUUCUAGCUGCUAGGAGUCCUGUAUUUGCUGCAAUGUUUGAACAUGAAAUGGAAGAGCGUAAAUUCAACAGAGUGGAAAUUGCAGAUGUGGAUCAUGAAGUUUUACGUGAAAUGCUUCGUUUCAUUUACACGGGUAAAGCAGCCAACUUGGAGAAGAUGGCGGAUGACCUCCUAGCAGCUGCAGACAAGUAUGCACUUGAGAGGCUAAAGGUGAUGUGCGAAGAGGCAUUAUGCACCAAUUUGUCUAUAGAAAAUGCAGCAGAAAUUUUAAUACUAGCAGAUCUUCACAGUGCUGAUCAACUGAAAGCACAAGCCAUUGACUUCAUUAAUACGCAUGCAACAGAUGUCAUGGACACAUCAGGGUGGAAAUCAAUGAUAAUGUCUCAUCCUCAUCUAAUUGCUGAGGCCUUUCGUGCCCUUGCAACACAACAGAUUCCCCCUAUUGGACCCCCCCGCAAGCGAGUGAAGCAGAGCUGAAGGCAGUGUGGUGCAAGUGGUGCUGGAUUGUGACUAAGUAGGACAAGUCCUGUAGUCGCUAGCAGGCUGAAGAGAAGUGGCUGGAGUGAUCAACAGAACUCGGAAUCGAGGGAGUUGGCUGCGAAAUUGACCAAAGCCAAAUUAUAAUAGAUUCAGAAGUGUUGGUAGGCCACGUCAAAAUGACACUGUGUGCAGUAGAUGGAUGAAUGACCGAACGAAUGUGUGUGUGUGGAUGAAUGUGCACAAGCCUCUCGAUAAUUAUUCCCAUGCAACGAUAGUGGACACUUGUGAAUAAUUGCAAUUAUCAGAGCUGGGAGGAACUUCACCUAAUGAAGAAAAUUGUGUUCAGAGAUGGAGGAGGCAGAUUGUGUGUCUGUGGCAUCAUUGUGAACCCUUCUCCUCCUCAAAUUGUCCUGUUUCCCAAAAUCGUCUCCCUUAUUCAGUGUGUUGUGUGUUGAAUUAACGAUGUGUGUUCAGAUAAAGACAUUUGUGCGGCGGAAAGAAGCUUUAGAUGUUGUGUACUAUUUGAACUAUGGCUAACUGAUGAGAACAUUUAAAAAAUGAGAGCCCAUCAGUUUCUUUUGUUGCAUUUUGAGUUUUAACAUCUAUCUUGUUUGUGGAAGUACAUGAAACUCGUUCUCCGUGGAAGUUUGUGAUGUAGAAGAAAACAAAUUUUCCGGCAGUGGUGUUCUUGUGUUCAUUGUAAUACGUUUCACCAACAUGGACGGUCAUGAGCCAUACAAUUGGCAAUAGUUGGCUUUCAGGAAGAUAAUUUGUGUUCGUGUUAUUACAUUUGUUAAAUGAUAGACUUAAUUUAGUCUGUAAUUAAUGAUCUCCUUUUUUUUCUUCUUCUUCAUGCUCAGAGCAGUGUGUUGACUAAUGCUGUUUGAAAGAGAAAGUUUACUCCUGGUGAACUUCAUUUUUAAUUUUUUUUGUAAGUGAAGCACACCAAUUAAGUCACUUUGACAUGUACUAUGUAAUUCAGUUUAAAUGGAUUCCUAUAAGUUUAUUGUUGAAAUUGCUGAAGUCCUACUAUACAGUGGAGCAAUAAGUUUAGAAGAGCCGUGCAGUGUUGUUUAGAAAAUAUUGCAUUCUGGUAUUAUUUACUACUUCUCAAAGUUCUUAUCCAACUAUGACUUUAUUCAUGGCUCAUGUCUUGUACCUGUUGUUAACUUUUUUUUGUUAUUUUGAUUAGGGAGAUAGAAAAUACAGUUGUGAAGUUUAAUAAUACAAAAUUUUUGUUAAAUUUCUCAUUUUUUGUGCCUGUUCAUUAGCCUUUUGAAUAUGGAAAGUAUCACUACAAAUUUUCAGUUAACUGGGAAAUACGAUGUAUGUUAGAUUUGAAUUGGGAGUGCUGUUAACCAGAAUAUCUAUUUAGGAAUCUCUAAAUGUUCACAGGGCAAUAGUGUAUUCAAUAGGUCAAUAAAGAAUUAAAUUUCCAUUCUGUCAAAAUACUCUUGCAUAACUUAAAUAUCUUAAAGACAAUUAUUUAAUUCAACUCGAGACAUGUUGGCCAAGUGAACUGAAAACAGAUGUGCAAAAUUUUAACCAAUUGGAGUAGGUUUCUGAAGUGUUAAAACUGUGAUUGAGUACUUUAAUGUGAUUAUUUUAAGCUUAUCAUAGAAUACAAAUAUUUUGUAUUGCAGUCAGCCUAUGCAAAGCAUUUUAGAAAAGGGCUUCAUAUUGAUCAAAUUUAAGAAUUUUUUCCCCCCUCCUAAUUGUCUGCUUCUUGUUCCAUGAGAAUAAAUUCACUUUACUGAAAAUAUACUCUCCAUCAAGCAGACUAAAGUUAUCUUAUUUGCUAAAAGUAUGUCCAGUUUUGGCUCUCACAACAAAAUAUUUUAAAUUAACUUUAUUAUCAGUUGAAGUACUUAAUGGAAAUCAAAUUCUGGAUGUUUAAUUUGUUCUUUGAAGAUCUUGACAACUGCAAGGUACCUCUUGGUAAUUUUUAUUAAUUUUUGUCUAAAAAAUGUUUGGAGAUAUUACUGCAAAUCUGUGUAUAAUCUCAAUUUGUCAUUAUGAUGAAAGAAGGAAGCAAAUAAGUCUUGCUUAUUGAAAUGAAAUAAAAAGAACGGAAUGAUUUAAGUUGCUGCACUCGACUGUUUUGUGUAUUGUUGUAGAUUUCAAUUGUGUAACUGUACAAAUAAACUUCCUCCUAAAUAGUCCUAAAGAACUCGGGUCCUCCAAUUGUACUCCCUAAUUUGUGUCAGUGCCAAUUCAUAAAAAUAUAAAAAAUACACUGCAUCCAUAAUAUAAAAUAAUUUUGUGACAAGAGUAAGGUUUCUAGUCACUAAAAGUUGUUGAACUGUGUAUUAAUUUCAUUAUUCAAUUUAAGUCAUUUGAUAUGAAUUGGUUCCACAAUGUUUGAAAAAGGUAGUACAUUAAAUUGCAUUUGUAGUGUUUUUAGUGAUCCAUAAUCUACUUCCAUAUUUUCAUAUUUCAUUUCACAAUUCAUAUAUUCAUUAAGAUUGUUUUUGCCUCCAAUUGAAUCAACAUUAAAUGCCUAGAAUAAAUUAUUCUUUAUGAAAAUUGUCUUGGACUGUGUUUUUGGAUACAAAUAAAUCCAUUCUUGGAAAAUAUGUUGAAGCAAAUGCUUCCAAUAAUGUAUAUAUUAUGCUACAAAAUGCACCAGCUUAUUUUUUUUUUAUUUUAUUUUUUUUUGUUAUGUAUCAGUAUCAUUAAUGUGUUUUAAGUGCAUGUAGUGAUUUUUAAUUUAUUGAUUUUGAAGGUAGAGUCAAGCCCUCAAUAAAGUCAAUUCGUGAUUGCAGUAUAUUAGGUCUGGUAGAAUGCUUUUUUGGAAAUGUUUUUAAACUCAGCAUUCACCUCAAACCUUUGCCUAAUGAUUCUGAAAUGGGAAAUUGAAGAUGUACAGUUUUGGAGAUGUAUUGCCCCAUUGUGGGUGUAGUAAAUACAUGGCGCUGUGAAAUUUGUUCAUUAUUACAAAGUCCUUACUUGCUGUUAUCUUCCUCAUCCUUAACCUAGUGUAUUAUACAAGUAUGUUCAACUUUUAAUUUUUUUUGUACACCUUGAAAGUCACUACUUGGCUGAUUGACUUUUGUUCAAUAGUAUGGAGAAUUUACAAUUAGUUAAAAAUCAAUAGUGCUUGAUCUUAUAAGGAAUUGUUAUAUUUUGCAUUGUUUAUCAAACACCUGUCUGAUGUUUUGUGAUUUACAUUCAAGUGACCUUAUGACAAUGUUUUCAACAGUUCUGUUUUUAAAGUGUGGCAAUAUAGUACAUGCUUUGCAUUCAAGAUGGUAUUUUUAUUUCUACCAACCCAAGUUCUACAUAAAAUGUCUUUCCUGGUACCUUGAAAAUGUAGAGAAGCAGGACAUCAGAAUUUAAACCUACAACUUGCUGGCAGCAACUCAAAAUGUAACUAAUGUGCUGUAUUAUUUAGAUGUGUUGUGCAGAGAGCCCUGGUUAAACAGCCUUGUACAAGUUAUGUAAACCAAAUGCUGUCAUAAUUUUUGUGUUCAAAUAGUAUCAUAAAUAUACAGUUGGUAGGAUGAAAAACCACAGUGUACCUUAUUAAUUGCUAUUUAUUACUUGAAUAUUUUAAGCUUUCUUGUGCUUACCCUACCUCACAGCAAUCUUCAGGAAGUUCAACAUCUCCUGUUGUUGAGUCAUGAUAUCUGAAAAUAUCAGAAACUAUGGUUGAGAAAAUAAAGCUAAUUGUAACAGCAUUGUUUUGUUUUGUUUCUUUUCUUUUUCUUUUCAGGUUAUGGUCAAUGGUAGUGGUGGAU